AAAAGUUUGGUGUGAUGGGUUUAAUCGUGUUUUUUGUUUAUUGUUUCCAUACCAAGAAUUCAUAGUGACCAUGUAAUUUAUUGUAAAGUUGGCAGCCCCUAGCUCGCGACCUCUAGUGUAUGGGUAGUGUCCACGUUGGCAGCAGAAUUAACUAAAUAGUGUGAACAAUUAAUUGCCACUUUGAUAGAUUUGUCCCUAAAAAAACAAUUGGAUGUUUAAAGUCAGAUUUACAGAAUUCAAUUUUUACAAAUUUACACAGCGAAAUGGCCACUAUAAAUCGACCGCGACUUUAUUAGACAGGAUGUGUCAGAACUCGAGUUCCAAAGAAAAAUGUUAAGUACGAUAAGAUACCAGGAACAUGGAAAAAAUGUUAAAAAAAUUCAAUCUAUCAAAAAAAAAAUUGACAUUUAUUUUGUGAAUUUUUGGCCACUAUGAGACUGAACCACAAUCGGAUUGGGCAAGUGGACGGUGGACGUUGUCAAAUUUGUCGGUUGUAAGAUUUGGCUCGCGCGGCGUGCGCACGUCACUUGUCAAACGUUCGUGUCAUUGUGGGGGUGGGUGAUAACAGUGGGCAUUGUUUUCUUAUCAACAUUUAAACAAUCCGAAAACCUCUUCACAACUUUCCAAAUUUUCCUCUCCUUCAUGUGCCUUACAGUGAUAAUCAUUACAUAAUCCCACCUAACCUCAAAUAUGAAACACUCCCCCGUUAUCAACCUGUUCUUUUCAUCCCUUAUCAUUGUCGCGGCAUUUUACGGCUCCUGGAGCUUACUCACAGAAGUCAUUAAAACAAUUUUACCAUUUGGGCUAAUUCUAGUAUUGCUCUUAGUGUGUGUCGUUUAUUUCCUCCGUGUCCCACCCCCUAGUCCCGAGACAGUUGAGGCAAUUUUAGGUAAAGACCCUGCAGUUGCUUCCAAUGAUGAUGCUUACGUUAUGAAGACAGUGGCGCAUAGAGGGGCCGGAUUGGAUGCUCCUGAAAACAGUCUCGCAGCUUUUAAAAUGUGUCACGAAAAAGGGUGCGACGCGAUUGAAUUUGAUGUUACUUUGACCAAAGAUGAUGUUCCUGUUGUCUUUCAUGAUAAUUCUGUAGAGAGGAUGAGUGAUUCUAAUUUGGUCAUCGCGGAACACAAGUGGGCAGAUUUGUCCAAUAUUGACAUAUCAGUAAAGCAUUUGUAUAAGGACAGAUUUGCUAAAACUAAUAUCCCCACAUUAGAACAAACCGUAACUCAGCUUCUAGCUUCAGGCCAAAGGAUGUUUAUUGAUAUUAAAGACAAUAAUAGAAAGUUUGUUAAAAUAAUUCACGACCUUUUCGACCGCUACCCUGACCUGUACUCAAGAGCCGUAGUCUCCUCUUUUAACCCCAUAUUAAUCUAUCUUAUCAGAAAAGGCAACCCAAAAAUCGUUUGUUCCCUCGCUUGGAGAUCUGACGCAUUUGCUUAUGACUCAUUUAACUAUCCGGUGGGGCCUGGCAUUCGGCGCUCCAAAGUUUGGUACAAACAUUUCUUCUUAGUUUUCUUAGAUUUGCUACACGAAUGGGCUUUACCGAGAAUCACUUACUAUCUUCUAGGAUUGUCGGUUAUUUUACUACAUAAGGAUGCCGUCAAUGGACGGGCGGUCUUCAAUUGGCGCAAUAGGGGACUGAGGGUGAUGGCUUGGACGGUAAAUACGCCGGCUGAAAAACAAUUUCUUGCACGUGUGCUUAAAAUUACUUACCUUACUGACACUUUAACGGGUGAAGGGACUACGCAUACUCCUCUUUUGUAAAUAAAAGUCAAGUAAAUUUUUUGGAUGUAUGGAAAUGGGUUCAGUCUAUUAAUAGGGGCAGCUCAUGUAUAGGGUAGCCAUUUGCGCAAGUUUCAUUGGAACCUUAGCCAAAAACAUGAUCUCGUUUUUUCUGCUGCAUGUUGUAAUUUUGGUCUUGAUUUUUUUAAAAUUGCAAUCAGUAUUUUAAUGAAAAUAUUUUUGUUAUAUGAUUUUGUGUCAUAAUUUUUAAACACUUAUGGUCCAAUAUUUUAUUAGGUAUACAUAUAGUGUGUACAUCAAAUUUUAUUAGUUCUGAAUGAGAGUUUAUGCAUAUUUUUUAAUGCCAGAUACAAAUUUAUUUUGUAUUUACAUAUCUUAUUAAAGUAAAUAAAACAUC